AUGGCGGCCAUGCUCCUCUUCACGGCUUCAAUAGCGUCCAUUUUCAAGUUUUCUCAGAUUAAGGAUCUGUUCAACGACACGUUUGGGGACGCCGGAAUACAAACCGAGCUCGGGAGUAGGGGUUUCGUGCUUAAUUCCGUCGCGUUCGCGCAGGCGCUGAUGGCUGCGGUACUUCUCUCCGUCCACAUGCGACGUGGGGGCAAGGCGCGAAAGGGAGCAAUUUCUCGUGGUCUUCAUGAUAAGGGUGCCAUCACUGUUGGUGCUGGUGGGCCAAAGUCCGGUCUACUGGGUGGCAUCCCGAAGUUUGGGAGGUGUAGGUACAUGCACGUCGAGAAGCAGCCGGCAAUAACGCACCAGCAGGCUUUGGCGCCGGAUGAUGACCGGAGGGGGCUAGUGCCCACUAUUGAGGAUGAGUUCUCGCAUGAGUAUCCGGAGCAUAUUGCCAUGGGGCCUAUUCGAGGCCGGCAGAGCGUUUUGAGCGACACUGGAACGGCUUAUGAUCCGUAUAAGCGGUGAGGGGCGGGGUGGCGUGAGGUGGUUAACAGGAGGGGAGGUGUUGAGUUCGGUUACGAGGCUUCACGGCUAGCGUUGGGAAGGGGUCGACUGUCAUGAC